ACUUGUACAAUGCUCAUAGGGUAGCCACAAAACAACCACAUCCUCAGUGACACUGCAGCAGAUGACGACUUUCAAUUUGUCAGAUAUGUAAUUGUGCCCUGAACUUCAUCACUCAGUCUGUGACACAAAUGAAUGAAUUAAUUUGGCUUUAGAAAUAAUCGAACAAUGAUGCCAUGUGGCAUGGUUAGCAGAAUCUAUCAGAACCAAUAAGGCUUUCAGGUGCCAUUGGUGAUAUCAGUUAUUGAGCAGAACAGACUACUGUCCAUUGUUGCCCUCAUGGCUGUGAAACAACUGCUAAUCACCUCACUGGUGUUGUGUUACCUGAUUCAAUACGUUGCAUGUUUCUGCAAUGUCACCUGCACCACAGACUACAAGACAUCCCUGAACUGCUCCUGCUCAGGCACAGUGCCCUCAUCUCCCAUUCUCCUUGAGGCAGAGUGCAGAGAUUUUGACGGGCAAGUGAAUGAUAGCUGUGAAAUAACACCCUCACAAAGCUGGUGCAUAAUACAACCAGAAGAUUUUUACAUGUACAUAUCCUCUGACACUACUUGCACUGCAAGAGUAAAGCACACAGGAAAAGAAGACAAAAUGAAAACAGAUGACUCAACUGACUGGAAAUUGUAUCAAUUAGUGAAGCCGCAGCAUCCUGUCAAUGUGCAAGUAACAGAGAACAUUGACAGCUAUAACAUCACUUGGCAGAUGGAUGAAAACACUUACCUUGAUAAACUGUUCAUGUACAGGGUGCGGAUUAGAACAAAACAUUAUUUAAAGGAUCCAGUCUAUUACCCUGUAAGAGAGGACCGGAGGUACCUAGUGCUAAACAACCUUACACUGCAACCAGGAACUGAGUAUGUGGCAAAUGUCCAGGCCUCAGUGAACCCUGUGUCCAACUACCAAGGUCCCUGGAGCGAAUGGAGCUCCACCGUAGAAUGGAGGACUACAGAAGGGGAUGAUAAGUUAUGGUGGCAGUGGCCCGUUUUACUGACCAUUGUCCCCUGUUUGAUCCUGUGCUGCCUGUGCUACCUCUUUAAAAUAUUGUGGCCGAAGAGGCUACACUUGAUGAACUAUUCCCCAAGCCCAGAGGACUUUUUCAAGCCUCUCUACCACACAUAUGGAGGGGAUUUUAAGAAAUGGGUUGGACCUGUCUUCAUCUUCAGUGAGCUGGAUCCUUUGGGGGAAAAAACACCUACACAGAUGAUGACUGAGAAGCAGCUAGACAUCCUCGGGCUGUCCAGGCUGAGUGUGGAGGAAGACAGCAGCAGCAGCAGUGGGGACCAGGGCGCCUGUCACUCCGCUGGACACAUCUCCAUCGAAACUGUGAUGGUGUCUGGGGAGGAAGGAGCUUUGUCAGGGAGUUCUUGGGAGACCUACAAGUGCAGCCAAGGUGGGGGAAGCUUCUCCCAAUAUACUGGAGGCAGCAGAGGAGGUAUGGACAGUGAGGUGGAGGGCCCUCUUGGUGCUGGGGCAGAAGAGGAAGGAGGGUUAUGUGGGCAGAGUGGAAGACGGGCAUCAACGGGCCUGCCUGCUAUGGAGUGGCAGCUCCAGCUACAGGCCCGGAACAAUCAACCAGAGCAGAUUUCAUUGGUCUCAGAGGACGGCUACCCUCCCAUGAUGCUGGAUCUGGACAGUGUGGACACCAUUGACAGUGGAGUCUUUGUUGAGUCUGACUGUAGCAGUCCUGUGAACACUAACUUUGAUUCUGAGGAGCAGAUAGACUCUGCUUUACUGAGUGGGGUAGGCAGUUCCCCUUCCGAAUAUGUCAAACAGUGGAUGACAGGUAAAACUAUGCAAGAGGACCCAACCAACUCAGGACAGAACAGAACAAUGUGAAUUCUCCCUCAUAUCCUCUGUCACUGACAGUGCUUCAGCAUAUUUGUAAAAUGCCUUACUCUCCCUGGCAUAGGUAUAUUGUUCAUAAUAUUUUUUUAAAAAGUGGAGUAUGAAUGAUUUCUUCCCAACAUAAAGAUUAUUUAUCAUGGUAAUACAAUAAUAUUGUUUUACAAUAGUUGUCAAAAUGUGUUAUGUAAAUAGAUGUAGAUAAGUCAUUUUGGCCUUCCCAGGCCUAGAUUUUGGCCUUCAUGUAAUUAAUUAUUUUCUACGGCUUCAUUUCUCAUGCAAUUUCCAUGUAGAUAGGAUUUUGUUUUUAUAUCAUGUUUGUUGUGCAUUUAAUGUUUCUUAUGUAUGUGACAAUGGAUCCAAUUGAGGAGUUUGCAUUCAUUUUCAAUCGCUUGUUAAAUCUUUAAAGGGACAAUCCGCAGAUGCUACAUCCAUUUUUUGACUUAUAAAUUAAUUAUAUUAACUCAUUUAUUCU